AUGAAAGCUUCGCUCAUGUUUAAGAUCAGAUAUGGCUGGCCAAUAUUCUCAUUCGAUGUCUUCUGCAUCACCUUCUUCUACAAGCUCGGUAAAUGCCGAAAGUCACUCAAAUUCGGACUUGGAGAUACAGUUGGUAGUGCAUUUCAAGACAAUUUAAGAUCACAUCAGGGACGACAAACUUCAGCAGAUCGGAGUAAGAUCGAACAUAAGGUGAAAGAUAUUCAGCUUCUACCACCUUUUGGAGACACGGAUUGGCUUGACAUCUUUUUGGAUGAAAAUGCUACAUACUUUGAUCUUGCUGGAUUGUCACUUCAACCAAAUGUGGAUGCAGCUGCCAAUAAUAUGGGAAACUCGUUUGAAUCAUCACCUCCCGUUAAAAGUCUCGAAUAUCAUUCAUAUGGUGGGAUACAUUAUGGCCUACUUGGAGAGUAUGAUCCUAUUUUAAGGCACAGGUUUUUUAGAUACAAUGAGAGCAAUGAAUGCUAUUUUCCAACGAAGUUUUUUCGCUUAAUCUCAGAAAGUAGAAUGUCACCCGGUGUAUCGUCAAUGCCUCCUUUUACAAAUAGUGCGCUCUUUGCUUAUAAGAAAACAUCCGUUGCUGUUAGAGAGAAUUACAAGUUUCUCACACCUGGUUUGGAUCUCGAUGAAUAUCUUUCCCGUGCUGAUUUACUUCGUCCACACAUUCCUAAUAUUGUAAUUCUUUAUGUUAAACACAUUUUGGCAAGCCUUCCCAUUAUAGAUGGGUCAACUAUCAAUGAAUUUUUGGCCGAUCCGCCUGGAAAGAUCUCACAAGGUGAAACGGAGUUUAAGCACCCACUUUGGUUGCUUCUCUUGUACAAGAUUGUCUACCCUUUUAUUGCCUAUGAUACAACUAUUCCACAGUAUGGCUUGGACAUCUUGAAGAACGAUCCACUUGCAUUCAUUUUUGAUGACAGUAUAUUCUUCUCUGUUGCGUAUUAUGAAAUUAUUAGAGAAUUGAGCGCGCCAACCUUGGUGACAAUUAAAUGUAUGAUUCUCUUCUAUCAUAUGUAUUCUUUUAAGAAGUGUGGUUAUAUCACUCCAUUUGAAAGCUCUUUCUUAAGCAUGAUGACCUCACUUGCAUUCUCUUUUGGUCUUGAGUUGGAUUGCCGGGAUUGGAAUAUACCGAAAUACGAAAAAAACCUUAGAAUGCGUAUUUGGUAUGUUAUCCAGCUCCUUGAAAAGUGGAAUAAGGUUGCUUCAUCUCUGCCUUCAUCGAUAUCGGUUCCAAUUUCUCUUUCUUUAGAUAGAACUAAGGAUAUAUUUGACGACAUAGAUGACAUUUUAGAUGACGCUGAGGGUUUUUGGUUAUCGAUUGAUUUAACACGGAUUUUGGGUGAUUUUGCAAAGCAGGUUCUUUCGCAUUCUCGUGAUUCCAAAGAUGUACAGCAAGCAUGUGAUAUAUGUAAUUCAGAACUAAAAAAAUGGGACGAAAACUAUGAAAAUGCAGAAUUUGACGAGGGAUUUCCAUAUCAAAGUAUAAGAUUGGCAUAUUUUGUUCUAAGCAUGUUGGUGAAUAGGGUAAAGUAUCAAGAGCAAGCGUGGGAUAGGUGCAGUAAUGAUUAUUACAACAAAAGUAUAAUUCUUUUUAAGCAAAUGGUGAACUUUCUCCAAAGUCUCUCACACACCAAGGUUCGCUCGUUUUGGUAUAAUUUUUCACGUUCACAAUUCAUGUAUUUUCGUGAUCUCAUGCUAAUCUGUAUGUUCACUGCUGACAAUAAGGAUCAGUCUUUGACUGUAUUUUCAUGCGUGAAGAAUUUUAAAGGAUGGCUGGAGUCGUAUGCAAGAGAGCUUGCGAUUAUACUACCUGCUCUCAUUAGAAUUAAUAUUACUUUGGCUAGCUUAGGAAAGCAGGUCAAAGCCUUGCGAGACGAAGAAGCAUCUGCAUUGUAUAAUUAG